AAGAAAAGGUGAUGGAGGGAUAAGGGAGAAUAACUCCUCAGAACACUCGCCGUGGUAUAGUCGGUAGAAUGCGCUUAAUGAUGCCACAUCGCGACGUGAUUGUAAAGGCUCGAGUUUCUUAGUAACCUCUUCAUCGCCAAUGAUGCGCGCAACCUAUGCAAGACAUCGAAAUGCUCCUGUUUAUCUUGACUUUUUUGCUGGCGGGUGCGCUUGCGCAAGUCACUCUCGAUCCUAAAGAUUUAGAGAACAUAUUCGGGAAACCGCCCACAACACCGUCAGGCUUGGAGACGGUUACAGUGAAGCCGACCGACGCAACUACAACCUUUGUUGAUAAGAACGGGCAGGCGUGCAAGUGUGUCCCCUACUAUUUGUGCACUGCCGACUUGACCGGCGAACAUGUUCGUAACGCUUCUGUCACCGGAUGGGGCGAGUUGGAUAUUAGAUUUGGUGAAGAAGACAACUGCCAAGAGAGCGUUGAGAAAUGCUGCACAGAGCCCAAGACUGAGGAGGAGGUGAAGGUCCCAGAAACAGACCCGGUCACCCUCAAGGGCUGCGGCUACAGGAACCCUAAAGGACUGGACUUCACAAUCAAAGGAGGUUCUGGUCGCGAGUCCCAGUUCGGCGAGUUCCCGUGGGUAGUAGCUCUGACGGCACUCAACGACUCGUAUGUUGGCGUGGGAGUGCUCAUACACCCGCAAGUCGUCAUGACCGGAGCUCAUAUCGCUUACAAAUAUCCUAACAACAUGAAGAUCCGAGCUGGAGAAUGGGACACCCAGACAACCGGGGAGAGGCUCAAACACCAGGAGAGAAUCGUCCAGGAAAUGGUCAUCCAUCCAGGUUUUAACAAAGUGAAUCUUUUCAACGACAUUGCUCUACUGCGUCUGGCCGAGCCCGUCAAGCUAGCCGAACACAUUAACGUCAUCUGCCUCCCGUCACAGGACGAAUCUUUUGAUACGAAGAAGAAAUGUGUCGCCAACGGAUGGGGGAAGGCAUUCUUCGGCAAGGAAGGCAGCUACGCUGUGAUACUCAAGAAGCUGGAGAUCGACAUGGUGCCUAACGCUCAAUGCCAGCAGUUGCUAAGGAGGACUCGUUUAGGAAAUCACUUUAAACUGCACAACAGCUUCGUGUGUGCCGGCGGCGAGGAGGGAAAGGACACUUGCACGGGUGACGGCGGAGCACCUCUCGCUUGUCCCGUGAGCGAAGACCGCUAUAAACUAACCGGUCUGGUAGCCUGGGGCAUCGGUUGCGGCGGCAAAGAUAUCCCCGCAGUCUACGCUGGCGUGCCCUUCUUUAGAAACUGGGUAGACACCCACAUGAAGAACUGGGGCUACGACACGAAAGGAUAUACGAUCUGAUCUGACACGCUGAAUGUAGAUUUUUGUACUUUGAUUUUUUGAUAAUAAAUAUUAUUUUGAAUAACGACUGUUUGUGUUUUGUUGAUUUUAUUUUUGAAGUGAGACUUCUUUACGCA